ACCGCCAACGUACACCGGCAGUUGGACGGGUGAGCUCAACACGGCCGCAAGUGUACGCCGAAGAUUCACUGACAAAGUGACAAAUUAAGAGUGAAAAGUGUUAAAGGCAAUUCUGCAAAGUGCGCACGCGGUUCACAGCAGUGCUGAAGCAACGCACAACUUGGAGAGUGUAAAAUUCCAAAUCUAAAAUAAACAAAACUCUGCGUUGAGUGACGAGUGAGAAGACGAGUUUGACUGCAUAAAUUUUGAAAGUUCGCACAAAGAAAUAUGUCCGAAACGCCCACGCAGCAGGCGGCAGCAAGUGCGCCCCCGACACCCGCCGUACUUGUGGCGCGCCCACAACAACACCAACAGGCGGACGCGCCGAAAGAGCUGUCCGGACUGAAGCGCGCUGCGCUGCAGGUGAUGGCCGGCGGCUCGGCCGGUUUUGUGGAGGUCUGCAUUAUGCAGCCGCUGGAUGUGGUGAAGACGCGUAUGCAAUUGCAGACGACGACCAAGGCGCUGGGAGAGAGCCACUACAAUGGUGUCUUCGAUUGCUUCGCCAAAAUGUAUCGCCAAGAGGGUUUAUUCUCCUUCUGGAAGGGUAUUCUGCCGCCAGUGAUAGCAGAGACACCCAAACGUGCCAUUAAAUUCGUCUGUUUCGAACAAACCAAACCGCUAUUUCUGUUUGGCGCACCAGCACCCACACCACUGACAUUCUCGCUGGCCGGUCUGACUGCCGGUCUCAUCGAAGCCAUUGCCGUCAAUCCUUUCGAGGUGGUCAAAGUGGCACAACAGGCGGAUCGCACGAAAAUGAAGGAAGCCGAAAGCACUUGGUCCGUAGCGAAACGCAUAGUCAAAACCAAUGGACUGGGUUUCCAGGGACUCAACAAAGGUGUCACCGCGACUAUGGGUCGCAACGGCACCUUCAACAUGGUCUACUUUGGCUUCUAUCACAGUGUGAAGAAUUACGUGCCCGCCUUUGAGGACAGCACACAGGAGUUCAUACGCAAGGUAUUGAUCGGUUUCACAUCCGGCACGCUGGCCUGCUUCAUCAAUAUACCGUUCGAUGUGGCGAAGUCGCGCAUACAGGGACCACAACCACAAGCGGGUGUGGUCAAAUAUAAGGGCACCUUCCGCUCUAUUGGCAUUGUGUACCGCGAGGAGGGUUUCCGUGCGCUCUACAAGGGACUCGUGCCGAAGGUGAUGCGUCUGGGUCCGGGCGGUGCCAUAAUGUUGUUGGUCUUCGAGUAUGCCUACGAAUUUCUGCAACACAAGUUCUCGUAAGCAGCCGAACCGGCCUGGUCGCAAUGAGUAUUUGUAAAAUUGCCCGUUUACUGCCCGAAAGCAGUACGUACACACACAGUCAUACAUACAUAGAUUUUGUACUAUACUGAUUAACUGAUAAAUUGUUUAAAUUUUAUUGUUAUAAUAUUCCCAAAAAAGGGAAAUUUAAUAAAAAGUCAAAUUUUUAUUUUUUGUAA